CCCGAUGUGCGUAUACCGUGGGUCUCCAUAACGGACUUUCUGCUGGCUGAUGUUGACAAGUACGAAGAAUUUAUAGCAGUGCUCGACUCCGAAAGUGACAUUAAAUAUACGUACGGUGACGUCAGACACCACACGAGAUCCAUUGGCAGCGCGCUAACCCGAAAUGGCUUUCGAAAAGGAGACGUAUUGUGUAUAUGUUGUCCGAACGUUCCCGAGUUUCCCUUAGUAUUACUGGGAACUCUUGCUGUGGGAGGGAUCAUUACAACCGCUAAUCCGCAAUGCACACCAGAAGAAAUCGAAAAGCAGAUAAAACUUGCGCAGGUGCAGUACAUGGUCACAGUUCCAGAGUGUGCGGAGAAGACUGUCAGAGUUGCAGCUGCAACUGGAAUAAAGGCUGUGUACGUAUUGGGCAGCGCCCAGGGAUGCAGCCCAUUCACCGAACUUCUAAAUGACGACGGUUCUGCCUUCCCUGAUGACGUCAACAUCUCGCCGCAAGAUGUCGCAUUCCUCCCAUUUUCCAGUGGCACGACAGGCCCUCCCAAGUGUGUGAUGAUCACGCACUACAAUAUUGUUGCCAAUCUCUUGCAGAUGAGAGAUUUUAUAUACACCGGACGCCCUGGGGUAGAUUUUGUCUUGGGGUAUCUUCCUUUCUUCCAUGGCUUUGGUUUAGUUGCCAUCAAUCUCAGAACGAUCAAAUUCAAACAGACAAUUGUAUGCAUGCGAAAAUUCGAUUUUGAAGACUUCCUGGCCGCUAUUGAAAAGUACAAAAUCCGGUAUCUGUUUGCGGCGCCCCCUAUAGUCAUUAGGAUGGCCAAGCACCCCGGUGUGGAAAAAUACGACCUAUCUUGUGUGGAAACCAUCAUGUCAGCAGCAGCCCCGCUGAAAAGGGAUUCAGAAGAGGAACUAGAGGCGCGUCUUGGGACGUGUAGUGUGACACAAGCUUAUGGGUUAACAGAGGCAGGUGGUUUCUGCUCUUUACCCCCACUGUCAAGACACUUAAGGCGACCAGGAGCGUCUGGAGUUUUAGUCCCAAAUACAGAGUGUAAGGUGGUGGACCCAAGCACGGGGAAGGAACUCGGUCCAAACCAAGAUGGCGAACUAUGGUUCAGAGGCCCUCAAAUUUCCAUGGGCUACUUGAAUAACCCUGCCGACUCUGCGACCACCUUGGACAAGGAAGGCUGGAUACACACUGGUGACAUUGGGUACUACGACGAGGACCAAUACCUAUACAUAAAGGAUCGCAUUAAGGAAAUGAUCAAGUUCAAAGGAUUCCAGGUGGCGCCAGCAGAGCUAGAGGGCGUCUUGGUAACCCACCCAGCGGUAGAAGACGCGGCGGUAGUGGGUCGACCUGACCAAGAGGCUGGAGAAUUGCCCAUGGCGUUUGUGGUUCUUAAGUCUGGUAGAAUGACCACUGAGAGGGACAUCAUGGACUUCUUGGCAGAAAAGUUGGCUCCUUACAAGCGUUUGCGGGGUGGAGUGGUAUUUGUGAAGUCGAUCCCUAAAACUGGGAGCGGGAAAAUUCUGCGGCGUUUUCUUCGAGCUGAAUUAAAGGAGAGAUUAGAGAAAAUGAAACCAAAACUCUGACGAAUUUUAUGGGUUGUACUUCCGUGGGGAUGGAUGCUUUGACUUUUGAAAUGCCUUUUUAUCUAAUUAAUAGGACCACUUACAUUUUGUAAUUUUGAUACAUUCUCUCCGUUGAGUGACGGGAUUUGAGGUUG